AUGAUGAAAAUAAAUAAAUUAUUUCAUCUUAAUGUAAAUAGUUUUACAAAAGAUUUAAAUAUAUUUCAUAAAAAUAAUAAAAUCAAUGAAAAUAUAGGACAAAUAGAAAAUAUCAAAUAUAAAGAUGGGUCAUCUAAGAGAAUAAUAACAAAAUGGAAAAAUACAUUUACUAUAACCCUGGAAAAAUUUGUAUUCGUAUGUUGUCAACAUGAAAAAGACUCCUGGACCUUUCUCAAAUAUAUGAGUCCUAAUAAAAUCGACAAAGCAUUAUGCAUAUCAGAUUUUAAUUUUUUAUUAAUCCAAAAAAGUAACCAAUUAUUUAUACAAGAAUUUGAUAAGGAUAAUUUCAACGAAAACAUAAUAGAUAUAAAGAUAUUAAGAAGACAACAUAUCGAUAUCUCAGUUCUUUUCUUUUUUCCGUAUAAUGAUUUUAUAUAUAUUAUUGAUAAAACUGGAAUAUUAUGGCAAAUGGACCCAGCCAAUAUCAACAAUAACACAAAGAUGCUAAAAGAAAUAAAAAGAUUCAACUUAAAAAAGAGUACAGAUAUAUAUUUAAAAAUAGAAAAAGAGCAUUUUUUAAUUAUAUCUUAUUGUGAUGAUAAAAUAGAAGGAUUGUUUUAUAUAAUUAUACAUAAUUUACAGAAUGAUGAAAGUGAAUAUAUAGAAAAGAAUAUAUCUGAAUAUAUUAUAAAGAAUGAAAUAAAAAAAAGUAUACAAUGUAUUACUUUAAAUAAAAAAUACAUCGUUUUAUUAUUUAACACAAAUGAUAUUAUAAUAUUAGAAAAUCUGAAUUUGAAUAAUAAUUAUGAAGUUUUUAAAUAUCUUAAUGAAAAUAAAACGGACAAAUUAAAAUAUUUCAACAAAAAAUCUUUAAGGGAGAUAGAAUAUUAUAUAUCAAGUUAUGAAGAUAUGAAUAUUGAAUUAGACAAAGAUAAUGAUAUCAACGAACUAUACAAUAAUAAUAAUAAUAAUAAUAAUAAUAAUAAUAAUAACAAGAGCAACCAUAAUAAUUGUCUUCAUAAUAAUUGUCUUCAUAAUAAUUGUCUUCAUAAUAAUUGUCUUCAUAAUAAUUGUCCACAUAAUAAUUGUCUACAUAAUAAUUGUCUACAUAAUAAUUGUCUUCAUAAUAAUUGUCUUCAUAAUAAUUGUCCUUAUAAUAAUCGUCUUUAUAAUAAUAAUCUUUAUAAUAAUAAUCUUUAUAAUAAUAAUCUUUAUAAUAACCUUCUUUGUAACAAUAAUAUGACUACUAAUCAAAUACGUUAUGUACAUAUAAAUGAAUAUAAUAAUUUAUUUUUAAUUUAUAGUGACUCCUUUUUAUAUGAACCUGAGUAUAACAGAAAUAAAUAUACCUCUUUCGUUUUUAACUCAUUUAACAUGUUAUAUUCUUAUUAUAAUAAAAUGGAAGACAUGUACAUGUCCAAAUUUCAUAGUCAAGACAAGUUAAAUAAUAAUUCUUUAUUAUAUGACAUAAAUGAAAAUAUAUUAAAGAAAAGUAAUCUACAUAUGUGUAUCAUCAAUAUUGUGGACCAGAAAAUUAAGGAGUUUAAUAUAAAUUAUUAUGAUGAAAUAUUUAAUAUAUAUGAUGAAACUAUCAAUGUAUUAAUUAAUCAUCUGCAUCAAAUUGAACAUGACCAAAAACAAUUAUAUGAUAUGCAAAAUAAAUAUAACAAUGAUAUAUAUUCAAAUUUAUUAUACCUACAAAAAUAUUUAGAUGUAUAUAAUAUUAAUAAAAACAAAAAACGCAUUUUUGAUAAUCAAUUGAAUGAUAAUGAUAAUGAUGAUGAUGAUGGUGAAAAAAGCAUGUUGAAUUUAGAUUUUUUGAAAAUGGAUAUAACAAAAAGUAAUAAAAAGAAAAUAUCUGAAAACACACAUUUAUACAACAACAUAUUAUUAUGUGUUAUAGAUAAAUAUUAUUUAAUUCUAAAAAUGAAUCAAGACGAAUUUGAUAUUGUAUUAUAUGAAAUAUAUUUUCUAAAUAAUAUAGAAAUAUUAGUAUAUCAAUUUUUUUAUAAUUAUUAUGACUCAUUAAUAUUAGCUGAAACAUAUAAAUGUAAGUAUGUUCAUCAGUUAUUUGCAUAUUCCAUUUAUGAUUAUAUGGGUCGAUAUUGUGGUUCAUCCUUAGCAGACUAUGAGUGCUUGUUCAAAAUUGAAGACAUAUUUCAAUUUCUCCAUCGAGCAAUCACCUUCGACCCUUUUCUUUUCAAAGAUGAUGAAGAUGACGAAAGAAUAAAACGUUUGACAAACCCGUUAGAAAAUAAAGAUUCAAUAAACAAAUGUAAUUUUUUUGAAACCAAUUUAAAUGUGGAUGAAGAAAAUAAGAAUUAUCAUAAUUUCGUCUAUCUACUUAACGAAAGAGAUAAUGCAUCAUCUGAAUAUAUAAAUAAUUAUUAUUGUAUAAAAAAAAUUAGUUUUGAUAAAGAAUUAUGUAAAAAUAUUGAUAUAAAUAUACAAUUACAUAAACUAAAAAAUGUCCUAUUCUCAUCUUUACAAUUAAUUGAUUAUUUGUUAGAAGAAGAAAAAAGUUAUGAAAAACAUUUUGUAAAUAAUAAUUUUGAUGAAAAUGAUGUAGAACAAAAUUUCUUAAGUACACUUAUUAAAAAUAAAACCAAAAAAAAAAAAACAGAUAAUAAUAAGUUAUAUAAAACAAAUAUAUUCACAGAAAGAAAAGAGUGCAAUAAUUAUGAACAUGUACAAUAUGAUGAUAUAUUAUCAGGAAAUAAUACAUAUAAUAAUAAUGAUAAUACAUUUUAUAAUACCAAAAUAAAUAAUAACGAAGCAAAUUAUAACAACUCUGAAGAAGACAAUAAUAACAAUAUAAAUAUAAAUAAACUUUGGGACAUAUCAAUACAUGAAAUGAACAUUAAUUUAAGUCGUUCAUCUUUUAGUUUAACAAGCGAUGUAAUACAAAAUGAAGAAAUCAGAAGAGACGAAGACUCAAAUUUUUUUUUCUUCUCAUAUAACAUAGAAAAAUUUAAGUAUUAUUUAAAUUCAAUCAAACAAAAUGAACAAGUAAAAAUAAAAUUAUUAAUCUAUAAAAAUGAAAUAAUAAAACAAAUAUAUAAAUUUAAAUUAUAUAAUUAUAUUAUGAAAUUGUUACAUAAAGAAAGAAUUAAUAAUUUUGCGCUAUACCAUAAUAAGCAACCUUUAAAAUGUAAAUCUAUAGAUACAUCAAAAGGGAAGAAUAGUAUAAAUAAAAUAUCUGAUAUUUUUAAUAUUUUUAAAAAAAAUGUAAACCAUACAAUAAAUUCAUGUGAUGAACAUAAUGGUAAUGAUGAACAUAAUGAUGAUGAUGAACAUAAUGAUGAUGAUGAACAUAAUGAUGAUGAUGAACAUAAUGAUGAUGAUGAACAUAAUAAUGAUGAUGAACAUAAUAAUGAUGAUGAACAUAAUAAUGAUGAUAAUCAUAUUAAUGAUGAAAAUAAUGACGAUUAUCAUAAUAAUUAUUAUUAUAAUAAUAAAAAUAAACGUGUUCAAAAUGUUGAUGAUACAAAUAUAUUUAUUAUAAGCUGGACAAAAUUUAAAUAUGCCUACACGCCUAUAGAUAUAAUAAAAUAUUUCCUAAUUAAUAAAAACUAUGUACUCAUAAAAAUAUUUUAUAAAUAUUUUAAUUAUUUUAUAAAACAAAAUUGGAAAACUAUCUUUUAUUAUAUUCCAUUGAAUGAAAGAAUAGAAAAUUAUUUUUUUCUUUUACCAUUAAUAAAUAGAAAUAUUAAUAAUGAAAAAGAUUAUACGCUGCAGAAUCAAGUUAAUAAUUAUAACGAUCAUAAAGACAGGUUGAUAUCUAGCAAUAAUUUUAUAGAGGAACAUAUAAUUGGUUGUGAUGAAAAAAUAUACACGGAGCAGUACAUUUCAUCUACUCAAGUAGAAAAAAAAAUGGAAAACAAUACAAAUACAUGUAAUAAUAAUAAUGAUAAGGAAAAAAUAUAUAAGGAUAGUAGUAGUAGUAAUAUUAGUAUUAGUAGUAAUAAUAAUAUUGAAAUGUUAAACCCAAAAGUAAAUGAAAAUCUUAUAUCUUUCCUUUCGUAUGAAAAUAAGAACAAAAACACGUACGAAUUAUAUGAUAUUGAAUGUGAUGAAAACGUGUUUGUUGAAUUCUUUCUAAACAGGUGUAUAAACAUAAUAAAAAAAACACACUUAAUUAAAAGUAGAUUAUUAGAAUUUGUUUAUAUAUGUCUAAAACAUUUAAAUGGAGAUAACAUAUAUGAAAUAUUUGUGUACGAUCAUAUUAUGAAUAAGUACCAAUACAACGAACAUUAUUUUGUUCUCAAUUCAUAUAAUAAGAAUAAUCAAAAGGAUAACCAUAAAGAUAACGACAAUGAAAGAGAUAUAAGAAAAAAUAUAAAUUCAUUUGAAACACAUAAUGAGCACAAGAACUAUAUGGUUAAUAUGAAAAAUAAUAAUAAUAAUGAAUAUAAUAAUAAUAAUGAAUAUGAUAAUAAUAAUGAAUAUGAUAAUAAUAAUGAAUAUGAUAUUAAUAAUGAAUAUGAUAAUAAUAAUAAUAAUUAUUAUUAUUAUUAUUGUAAUAAUAUGAAUAACCAAUAUAAAAGUAAACUAGGAAUAAAUGAACCCAUCAAUAUUAACGAUAUAUCUUUUAUUAAAAAUUAUUUAAGGAUAGAAUUAAAAAAAGAUAAUAUUAAAAAUAAAAAUAUCAUCCUUAUAUAUAGCUUAUUCAUUUUAAUAAAAAUGUAUCUUGUAUGUAAAGAAAAUAAUAGGAAUAUAAAAUUUGAAGAAUUUAUACAAAUGAAUAUAUAUAACAAAAUGUGUGUUAUAUUAGAUUUCGAUAUAAAAUAUUUAUCAUACGAAGAUGAUCAAAAAAAUAAUAUUAAAUAUUUUUAUGAUAAAUUAAUAGAUUUGUUAGAAGAAUAUAAAUAUAUAGAUGAACAUAUAAAAUAUACAAGUUGUUAUGUAACAUUUGAUAAAGAUAUAAUUUAUUUAAAUUAUAAAAAAUCUAAUAAUUUUUUAGAUUCAUUAUAUAUUAACAUAUUAUAUACAUCGAAACAGUUAUUUAUAAUAUUUGUUUUAAAAACAUUAACGAGUUUACAAUGUAUGAAAAAAGAUUCUUUAAAAAAAAAAAAGACAAACAAAAUAUAUAGAUAUAUGAAUAAAAAUAAAGAUAAUAUUAAAAAUAAAAAAAAUUUUGAUAGUACAUUAAAUAAUUAUAAAAAAAAAAAAACAACAGAAGUAGAUAAAAUAUUAAUCUUUUUAAAAUAUAUAUAUUAUGCUUAUGAUCAUAAAAUUAUAUUUAAUGAACAUUAUGAAUAUGUUUUUUUCUUUUUAAUAAUCUUUUAUAAAUAUAUGCAAAUCAAUUUGUUACAUUUCAUAUCUAUAUUUAAUGAUUUCUAUAGCCUUUUUCCAAGACGAGUAAUAUAUAUGAGUAAUAAACAAAGUUAUGAUAUGAUAGAUGAUAAUAUAAAUAAAUAUUUAAACGAAUAUAUUUUACAACAUACGUUCAAACUAGGAGAUCUUUUUAAAGAAUACCAAGAUAUGAAUAUAAUUAAUUAUAAUAAAAUAAUAAUCUUUGAUAAAUAUAUUGAUUAUAUUAUAAAUUAUUACAAUAAUAAUAAUAAUAAUGUGGUAAUAACAAGUAAUAUAGAAAAUGAUGAUUUCAACAAAAAAAAAACACGAGAAUCAUAUGAUAUGAAUAAAAAUGUAUUUGAAAAUUGUGAUGUAGAAAGGAAAGAACAGUAUGAUGAUAAUCAUAAGAACAUAUCAUUAUCAUGUGAAAACAUUGAAAACUAUUUAGAUGUUUUUGAAAAACAUUUAAAUUCCUUAGAACUUAUUAAAUAUUUUAAAAAAGAUAUUAUCAAUCCAAAUGAUGAAGAAUUAUUAAAUAUUAAUAUAGAUAUGAUUUUGAGUUCAAAUUAUAAUAAGAAAAAAAGUAUAUUAUAUAUGUUUAAAAUAUAUAAAAUAAUUAUUUUAUAUACUCAUCAUUAUAAAGAUAAUAAUUUUACAAAAAAUUGUAUACAAUUAUAUUAUAAUUUAUUUUAUUCAGUACAUCAUGAUAUAUCAUUAUUUUUUUUUAUUUUUUUUUAUAUUAUUUUAUUUUUUUCCAAUGAUUAUAAUUAUCUUUAUUCCUUUAUGAAAUAUUAUUAUAAGGAAUAUAUAGAACACAUACAAAGUGUAACAAAUAACAAACCAUCUUAUUAUAAGGAUAUGAUAAAUUAUUUAAUAACAAAUAAAAUUAAUAAUAUUACAAUAUAUGAUAAUGAUUUUAUUCAAUUUUAUAACUUUAUAAAAAAUAUAUACACAACAACAUCUGAAGCAUUAUUAACCCUUUUUAUUGAUAUACCUGAACAGAAUGAACACAUUUUAUUAACAAAUCUAAGAAUUUUAUAUUAUAUACAAAAUAUGAUGAAAAAUAAAAAAUGUUUAUUAUAUGUAAUAUCACCCAUACAACAGUAUAAUAAAUCCAGUGAUGAUAUAUCUAAAGGUAGGAAUAUCGAAUUACCAUCCUAUUCAUCAAACGAAGACCUUAUAUAUAAAUCCUUUUCGAAAUUAAUCACAAAAGGAUAUGAAAAGACAAAUCAUAAAAAUACAAAUAAAAAUAAUAAUAUGAUUAGUAAUGAUAACAAUAAAUCAAAUCAGAAUAAUAUAAAGAAUAAAUUAUUAUGUGCACAAAUGUCGACGCAUUUUUUUUUUAAACAAAUAUACUAUGAUACAUAUAUAAAAAUAAAAAAUGAAAGAAACAAAUUCUAUAUUUUUAAAAAUAUUAUAGAGAAUGAUUUAAAUAAAAUAACAAAUUAUAAAAAAAUUUUACAACUAUUAAAAUUGUUACAUAUAAUAAAUAGGGAUCAAUUAAUAUAUUGUAUUAUUUAUCUUAUAUAUAUUAUACAAAUAUAUAUAAAAAACAAGAAAAAAAAUAAAAAUAAAGAAAAAAAUAAAAUUACAAAAGAAAAGGAAAAGAAGAAAAAUGAAACAUUAACAAGUCACUUAUCUUUUUAUUUAAUACUUUUAAUAAUUUUAUACUCAAAAGAAGAAAAAUUUAAAAAUAGUUAUAAAGACUUCCUGCAACAAACAAUUUUAUUUUAUAUGAACCAUUCAACAAAAAGUAUAAAUUAUAUUUAUAAUUUUGUUAUUUUUAUAUAUUCUUAUUUCUCGUUAAAUUACAACCUUUCUAUAGAUAUCUUGUAUAAAUUGUUUUUAAAAAAAAAAAAAAAAAUUCAAAACAUUAAAUAUGGACACAAUCAAAAUUGUACGUCUAUUCCAUUAGAAAACUUAUAUCAAUUCUUAGGAAACAAAAUAAGUAUGAAACAAAAUUAUGAGAAAAAACAUUUUGUAAAUAAUGAAAGCAACAACAAAAAUAUAUCUAUAAAUAAUUCUCAAAAUACAAAAGGUAGUAAUAUUCCAAACACAAAUCAAAUAAAAAAUAUGUUUAAUAAUAUUAAUGUAGUAAAUAAUAAAAGUGUAUAUAUGGAUAAUGUCUUAAAUACAAACAUAGAGAAAGGAAAUAUAAAAAAUAAAAAUUCUCACACUAAUGUUGGUAAUAAUAAUUAUGAUGUUAAUUAUGAUCAAUCAUUUUCUCAACAGAAUAAAGAACAAGAAUAUAACAACACAAAAAUGUUAUUAGAAACAAAGAAUGGAAAUAAAUCUUCUAGUGAACAAGAAGAUUAUGAAAAAUAUUCUUAUUCAAAUAAUAUAAGUUCAUAUCAAAAUUUUUAUUAUUAUGAUGAUGACGAUUAUCCAUAUUAUCCAUUUGAAAUAAAAAUUAACGAAAGCGAUGUUGCAGAAACAUGUUAUGAAACAGAUAUUAUAUCAAACCAUUCGUCUAAUGAACUAAAUAACGAGAAAUGUACAAAUAUGGGAAAUAAUUCAUUUUGUGAUGAAGAUAUAGAACAUGUUAUCAACAGUCAUCAUGAACAAACAAAUAAUACAACAUCAUCCCUAGGAAGUAGUAGUAGUGAUAUAGAUAUGAUGAAAACUACAACUACUAAUAUAAAAGAAAAAAAUAUAUAUAUAAAUAAUAAUAAUAAUUAUUAUUAUGACUAUUAUUACAAUAUGUAUGACGAUGUUGUAUCCUCCAGUGCUGAUGAAAAGACAAAAUGUGAGAUAUUAGAAAAAAAUAAUAAAUCAUUUUUUAAAAAAAUUAGAAACCAUUUAAAUAUUUUUCAUUUUAACAAUAAAACGAUCUACGAUAAUGAUAAUAAUUCUCUUAUAGAUUUCAUAAAAAGGGUUCAAAAAAAAAUAAAUAAAUAUAAUAUAUGUAAAUGGGAUAUAGAAUAUAUUUUAAAAGUAAUUAAAAAAAUUGAACGAUUUUUCAUUACAAUUGAAUUAGAACCAAACAUGACAAAUGAUUAUUUUCAUAUGUACUAUUUUGAUAUACAUGAAGAAAAAAAAAAAAAAAAAAAAAUUAAAGAAAGUUAUGAUGAUAAUAAUGUAAAGGAUAAAUAUAAUGAACAAAAUAUUAUAUAUAAUAAAAAAAUGAAAAAUAAAAAAUAUGUCACAAAUAAUCAAAUGAAAGAAUAUUUAUACAUGUCUUUAUUUUCAAACGAUAAUUAUUUUUCUCUUGUUCAUUUAUUAAAUAUUCAAGACUAUUAUACCAUUUGUCUAUAUAUAAAAAAAAUAAUACUUAUUAAUUCCAUAAGCGUUAAAAAAAAAAUUAAUAUCUUUAAUAUUAUCUUAUGGACCAUAUAUAAUUUUAUGAAUAACAAGAAAACUAUUAUGAUGGAAUACAAAAAAGAUAAUAAUGGGUAUCAUGCGAAUGAAAAUAUAUAUGAACAUAAAUACAUACAAACAAACCAUUACAAUGAUAAUAAUAAGAGUGUGAAUAAUAUACAUAAUUCACCUUUCAAAAAUAUCAUAUGCAUCGUAGUCAUAAUAAGAUAUCUCUUAUGGAAUUUAUAUAAAAACCAUAUUAAUAAAAUUGAUAUGAAGAAACUUUUUUUUGAAGAUAAUUAUAAAAAAAGUGUUGUAGAAAAGUUAGAAAAAAAAAAGUGUCAAGAAAUUUUAGAGAUUCUGAUAAAAAUUGUAGACAUAUCAAAAAUAUAUUUAUCCCAAAUGAACUUCCAAUUAAUAAGAAAAGAUACUUUUAUUAUUUAUAAAAUAAAUAUCGUGCCCCAAACAAGUCAUAUUACUAAAGAAGGAAAUCAUAUCUCAAAUAACGAUUUGAAAUAUAAACAAAACGUGUCUCAUACAAAUUUUAAUAUAGAAAACAAACAAGAACAAUAUUUAUUUGAAAUCCAAACAGAAAAAGAAAUGUUACAACAUUUUUUUAGCAAUGAAAAAAAUAAUUUAUUCCUUUAUAUAUUAAAAAAUAUACAUAGUUUAUAUUAUGAUAUAAAUUGUGUAUAUAAAAUAUUAUUUUAUAUGUAUGAAAUAUGUUUGUACUAUUUAUGUUCUUCUAUAUAUUUUAUUAAAUUGACGUAUUAUAAUUUUAAUCUUGGCACAUUCUUUUCAUCUAUAUACAAAACCAUAAAAAAAAUGUCACCUACUCAACUUAUAGCUAAAUUAAUAGAAUUGAGAUGUAUAUCUGUAUAUUUAAAUGAUUAUGUACAUUCCAAAAAUAAUCAACACAAGUUACUACAAGACAAUAUAACAAAUAAACAUAGUAAUAAAAAUAUUCAUAGGAAUGAUAUACAAACACAUAUAAUACAUGAUGAACUUAAUAACACACAAAAUUAUGAGCAUGCACAGGAUAUUUCUGUAGAUAAAAAUAUAAACAACCACAAUUAUUCUUAUCAUAUCGCAUUAAAUAAUAACAGUACAUGUAGAGAUUCCUUAUUUAAUAACCCUUUAAUGAUUUUAUAUGAUAAGAAAAUUUUCAAUGAGUUUAAUUUUUAUAUAAAUGAAAUAGAUUCUACAUAUAUUACAUUCCACGAGAAAUGUAACGAAUUCUUAAAUAUAUAUAAAGAAAUAAAAGAGAGUGAACUAUGGCCAAUAGAAAAGACAAAGAAAAGAAAAAAUAAGAAUAAAAUUAUUAUAUAUCAUAUGGAUAGGGAAAAUAUAUAUUCAUAUUGUAAGAAUAUAUUAAACGAAUUCAAUAUAAUGCCAUAUAUAUAUGAUCUUACAUUUAUUUUAAAUAAACUAAAUAUUCGUUUCCAUCCUUUUUUUUAUAUAUAUGAUAAAGAUUAUGAAAAUGUUAAAAAUAUAUUUGAUCCGACAGAAGAUGAUUAUUUAAAAUAUGUUUUACUUGUUAAAUUAAAAAACAAAAACGAUAUUAUGUUAUUAUAUGAAACUAUUACAGAUAUAAAGAAUAAUGUAUAUAUAUACUUUUAUUCAAACUAUUUCUUAUGUGAAUUAUUUAUAAAUUUUUAUGUCUAUCAUUUAUUUUUGAAGUUACAACAACAUGUUGAAAAUGAACUUGAUCAUAUUUGUAAAAAUCUUCUUGAUAAAUCAUAUAAUGAUAUAAGGUUUCAAAUCGAUAUAUAUUUUAAUAAAUUGUGUGUAGAUUUAUUACAGAUAAAAAAAAAAGAAAAAAAAGAAAUUGAUAUAUUUUUAAAUUUUUAUAGAUUUAUGGAUAAAUUUAAUAUAUAUCAUUCAACAAAAUAUCAAAAAUUAAUUAUAGAUAAUAUAUACAGAGUAGAUAUUUUAAUUUUUUUCUUAUUAUUCAUUCAAAAUAAAAAGACAAAAAAUAAAAUAUCAUUUCAGCAAAAACGAGUGAUUCAAUAUAUAAUAGUAAAAAUUAUUUUACUAUUAUUCUUUUAUUUUAAUAAUAAUAAAUGUGAAACGUUUUUAUCACCAUCUAAUAUUUUACACUUCCUUACAUCAUUCAAUCAAAAUGAAAAUCAAAAUGAAAAUAGUAGUGUGUACUCAUUAUGUCCUAUUUUAUGUGACAAAAACAAGAAAGAACCCAAAGAAAAUGAUGAUAAAAAAAAAAUAAAUUAUAAUUCUGAUGGGGAUCAUGAUGUGGUGCAGCAUAAAUACAGUUCCCACGAUAUAGAUAACAAUAAUAAAACAUAUGAGGACAAAAUUAACAUUAUGGAUAGCUAUGAUUCUUUUAUGUUGGAUGAGGAUAUAUUUAUCGAUAAAAGUUUGCAAGUAGAUGAAGAACAUAAUAACCACUACAACAUCAUCAACAACAACAACAAUAAUAAUAAUAAUAAUAAUAAUAACAAUAAUAAUAAUAAUAAUAAUGAUUAUGAUAAAAAUAUCUCCAUUAAUUAUGUACAAAAUGAAAACACAAAUAGAACACUUAUAAAAGAAAACAAUUAUAAUGAUGUUAAGAACAACCCCUUUUCUCAAUUGUUUAUGAAAAAAAACUUAGAUGAUCAUAAGUAUAAAGAUAUAAAUAACAAUAUCAAUGAUUUAACCUACGAUUUUAAUGUUGAUAAUAAAAUAAAUAAAAAAUCAUAUGAAGAAAAUUUUAAUCCUACUCAAUCCACAAAAAUAAUUAAAUUUUGUCUACAUUACAUAAGUAUGAAAAAGAUUAUCACGUUAUUAAUUACAAAAGAAUUAAAAAGCAUUCUAUUUUUAAAAUUAUCAGAAAAUUGUAAUGUGCAAAGUAUAUAUGAAAAAUCAAAACAUAUGUAUACUUACUUAAAACGCUUGAAUGGACAUAAUUUUUUUUUAUCUCUUAAAAUAUUAAAUAGAUUGUUAUUAAAAAAUAGAAAGAUGAAUCAAAUGAAUUAUAUCAUAUAUCACUUUUUUAUAACUCUACAUGUUGUACAUUAUAUAAAAAAUAAUAUGAUUAUGCAAAACAAAAAAGGAAAUACGGAAAAAAAACAAAAAGACGAAAUUAGUAUAAAUCAGAACAUAUCAUACGAAAACACUUGUGAUGAGUAUCACUUUGUAUUUUUAAAUAAACAAAUUAGCACAAAUAAAAGCGGUAUAUCGAAAAAUGAGAAAAAAGAAAUUUACAAUACUAAUGAUUUUGUGGAUACUAAAAAGAACAACCUUUAUAAUGUAGACAAUUUAAUUAAUAAUAAAUUAUAUUUGAUUAAAAUAUUGAUAACUUUAUUAUUUAUUAAUUUGAACAACAUAUUCUUGCCAUCAAUAAAUAAACUAUAUUUUAUAAAAAACAAAACAUAUAUUAUUAUAAAGAAAGAAAAAAAUAAGAAGAAAGAUAUAAAAUUAAAAUAUGAUGAUGACAUAUCACACUUUAUAUCUUCUCUUUUAGAUUUUAUACAAGUAACAUAUAUAAAGGGAUAUGAAUUUAUAUAUAUAAAUUUAUUAUUAUUAUUAGAAUAUUGUAUUGAAUUGUUAUUAUGUAGUUGGGAUAAUAUAAAGCCUUCAAAUAUUUCGUACAUAUUGCUUCUUAAAAGAACACAAAAAAUUAUAACACAAUAUAAUAAUGAUAGUUAUAAUGACAUUAAUAGUUAUGAUAAUAAUAAUAAUAAUAAUAAUAAUAAUAGUAAUAGUAGUAGUAAUAGUCUCCAUUAUUAUCAUAAGUGUUGUGUCUUAUCCUUUAUUAAUAAGGAAGAAUAUACAAAAUUAAAAAAAGCUCUUAGCAAUAUGUAUCUUAAAAUAUUAAGCCAUUGUAAUAACUCCAUACUUAUAGUAUGCAAAAUUAUUAUAGGCAAUAGACUUCUUAUAGAUGAUGAAUUGUAUUUAUUUAAAAUAAAAAAAUGUGAUAUUUUAUAUUACUUUACUUGUAAUUAUUCCGUGAUAAAAUCUAAUAAAGAAAAUAUCUUAUUACAUAAUAGUAGUGUACAUAAAAAACACAAAGACAAGAAUGUUAAAGAUAUAAAAAAGGAAACAAAUGAUAUUACUAUUUUUACAUCAGCAGAUAUUAAUUCAUUUAUUAAAACAUUGUUAAUUAUAAUAAAUUAUGACAUUCAUAAAUUUAAGGAUACAGAAUAUCAUAAAACAAUUGAACAAGUUAUUAAAGAUAAUGAUUGGUAUGUUAUAUAUAAUAAUAAUAAUAACAAUAAUAAUAAUAAUAAUAAUAAUAAUAAUAACACCUCGUCCCUUUUAACCUCCUCCUCCUCAUCAUCAUAUUAUUAUAAUAAGGAUGAAACUAGAAAUAUGAGCUUUCUAUAUAAUGAUGCUUUUAGUUCAAAUUUGGAUUCUUUUUCAGAUAGUAUACCUUCAACAGAAUGCAGCGAUUUAGAAUUUGGAGAUAUAUUAAACGAAUGUAAUAAUAAUAUGAAAAAAAAUAAUAAUAAAAAUGAAGAAAAAUAUAAAGAUAAGCAAAUAUCAUUUAUGAAUAUUUUUAGCCCUAAUGAAUGGAAGUAUAAUAUAUAUGAUAUGGAUGAAAUGUAUAAUGAUAAAAAAAAAAAAAAAGAUGUACAAGCAGAUUAUAUAGAAAAUGUAAAAAGGAUACAAAAUGAAGACCUUAUAAAACAUCCAAAUAAUACAUCUAUAGGAAUGGUAAAGGAGGUAGAAAUUUUUAAUAAAGAUAUGAAUGAUAAAAUAGAUAAUAUAAAUAAUGAAAAAUAUAUAUCAUAUAAUAAUAGUUCUUAUUAUAAUGAAGAACAUGAAAAACAUAAAAAUACAAAUAAUGAUAAUCUUAUAUUACAAGAAGAUAUAAAUAAUAAGGAAGGGGAAAAAAAAAUAAAUAAUGAUAAAGAUAUGUAUAAUAAUGAUAAAGAUAUGUAUAAUAAUGAUAAAGAUAUGUAUUAUAAUGAAUAUGAUGAUGAAGAUUAUCAAAUGCACAUUUCAAAAUCAAAAGAUAUUAUUUUAAAUAAAUAUGGAGAAGGAUUUUUAUCAAAUUUUAUAAACAAAUUGAAUUAUCAUAAUAAUAACAAAAGUAACAAUAAUUAUAAUAAUAAUAAUAAUGAGUGUAAUAAUAAUAAUUAUCAUAACGACAGUUAUUGUAAAAAACAUUUUAGACAUAUACAUAAAAAAUCACAAAUGAUAAAUUUAUUAAAAUAUGUCAAGUUUAUUUUAAAAUAUUGGAAUAUAUAUAAUUUAAUUAAUGAAAAGAAUUUAGAAGAAUAUUUGUUAAUAUUAUUUUUUGCUAAUCAUUUUAAUUUUUUCCAAAAUAUGAUAAAGUAUAAAAUUAUAUUAAAACUAUUUAUUCAUAAUAAUUUACAAAAAGCAGAUGAACUCUUAGGAAAUAAAAGUAUGGUUUGGAAUUGGUACAGAAAUACUGGAAAGAUUAAAACAAAUAUUGAAGAAUAUUUAAUCAAAGAUAUUUCUUGUAAACUUUUUUUUACUAAUAAUAAACAAGAUCAACUUUUAAAAAAAUUAAAUAAAUUUCAAUAUAAAAAUAAAUAUGAUCAAAAUAAUUUUUUUUUAAAAAAUUAUUAUCAUAAUAAAUAUAAUCAUAAUUAUAUUUCAAGUGUAUAUAUUCAAUAUCUUCAUUUCCUAAAAUAUAAAAACACUCAUAAAAAUAAUUAUUCCAAAAAUCAAAGGACAAAAGAAUAUGAUAUUAUUAUAAACAACAAAAAAACGGAAGAAAAUGUAAAUAAUUAUAAUCACUCCAUAAAUAUAAAUCAAACUGAAAUAAAUAAUAACAAAUAUGUUAAUCAUCAUAAAUAUUUUACUCACAAUAAUAUAACUCAAGAUAAUAGUUAUAUUAAUAAUAAUAAUAAUAGUGAAUCUUAUGAAAAAAAAAGACAAACAACAGAUUAUAUUCCUCAAGAUGAAUAUAAUCAACUACCAUUGUUUUUCUUAAGCUUAUUAGACCUUUAUAAAAAUACUUUUGAUGUCUACGAAUUUUAUUAUCAAUCCGUUAUUUAUAAAUUAUUGAAAAAUAAUAAUGAACAUAAUAUUAAUGAAAUUCAAAAUUAUGUUGAAGACAUGAACAAAUAUCUAAAAAAUAAAUUAGCGUCCUAUGAUUUAUAUAUGAUGUUAUAUUAUUAUCAAUUUUUUACCUUUCAAUCUAUUUGUAAUCCUAACCAAAACGUUCUCAAUAAAAAUGAACAAAACUUAAUUGUAUAUAUGUGGGUAAAGCAUACGCAGGGACUUUUAAAAAAAUACAGGUUGAAGAGCACCAACUUUCCCAAUGCACAAUAA